AAACGAUGUUCGGACUGACCCGUCAGUAUCUGUGGAGUGUGGUGCCGAUGUUCGGGUUCGGCAUCGGCUGGUUCCUGGACUGCAAGGAAACGGAACGGAUGACGAUGUUCCGCGACAAGAGUGCACUGUACGGCCGCACGCUGAAGGAGGGCGAAAAGCCAUCAUGGCCUUAG